AUGGGUGGUCCCAAUCUGGAAGUCUUCAAAUUCGGCUUGUACGUGAUGUUCCCGAUCGCAUUCAUGUACUACUACGGCAUCAACCUCGACAAGCGCUUCGCGGUGCCGGACUUCUGGCCCCGGCCGGAACAGACGAACCGCAUCCCGUUUGAGAAGGACGAGAUUCACAGCGAGCUGGAACGCUUGAGGCGGAAGAGGCUGGAGCUGAGGAAUCGGAGGUUGGAGGAAGGUGGAGAUGUCGGGGGGAAGGGCGCGUGA